CUGAUUAAAGCAAAAACAUCUUGAGGUGAAAGAUUAAAUCCUUGGAGGCUUUGAGAGAUUUAUAUAAAAGGAGAUCUUUUUGUAUCAACUGGCAGAAAAAUUUGAGGAAAAUCUUUCUAUAAUAAAGUCUCUAUUUAUCUACAAUGGCACAACAGCAUUGCUCUCCACCAAAAACAAAUGUCCCUGUCGUCAUUGACAAUGGCUCAUCCACAAUAAAAGCCGGUUAUGCAGGAGACCGAAGCCCUCGCCUCAUUGUUCCUACUGUUGUAGGACGCAGUGGGGACAAGGUGUUCGUUGGAGAAGAAGUAAAAGGCAAAGAAGGCCUGACUUUAGAAUACCCCAUCGUCCGGGGGGCCAUCAAAAAUUGGGAUGCAAUGACUGAGAUUUGGAGGUAUGUUUUGAAGGAAUUGAAAGCAGAUACUGCUGUCAAUCCUAUCCUUUUGACUGAGACUGUCUGUGUCGCUAAAGCCGACAGAGAGAAAAUGACUCAAAUCAUGUUUGAGACAUUCAACGCCUCCUCUGUCUACCUUGCAAAUCAGCCAAUUCUCUCCUUGUAUGCGUGCGGCUUGUACGAUGGCUUGAUCCUUUCCUCUGGAUAUGGAGUGACACAAAUUGCUCCGUCUAAAGGUGGGAAUUUAAUCCCAUCCGCAAACCAGCGCAGUGACUUUGCAGGUUAUGACAUCACUCUGAAGCUACGUGAGCUCCUUCAAGGUGAAGGUAUUUCAGUAUCUGAAGAUGUUGCAAGAGAGAUUAAGGAGUCCUCGUGCUACGUUGCUUCUGAUAAAAAUGCACCUCCUGAAACCAAACCUUACAAGCUGCCAGAUGGUAAAGAGAUCACAUUGGGAGCUCCAAGAAAGGAGGCCACAGAGUUCUUCCUUUCUCCUGCUCUGUUGGAGUCCAUGCGUGAUACAGUCACAAAAUGUGUCAGUGAGAAUGGUGUGGAGCCAGAGACACUUUACUCUGCAGUUGUUCUCUCUGGAGGGAAUGUGUUGUUCCAUGGAAUGGCAGAGAGGAUCCAGAAAGAGCUGCAGGCCAUUAAUGGUGGGAUACCUGUCAAAGUUCAAGUUGCUCCAGGCGGUACUGCCAGUACUUUUGUUGGUGGCUCCAUUUUGACAUGUCUUGAGGCCUUUAAGACACUUUGGAUCACCAAGGAAGAUUACAAGAAUGGCGGUCCUGCUAUUGUUCACACCAAGUGUGUUUAACUUUAAAACUUGUCCUGAACUUCAUUGUUGAAACUUGUGCUUAUUUUUGUAUUUCAAGUUUUAUUUUAGUGUCAUAAAUUCAUUAUAAAGUUUUAAUAAAAAUAAUCAUUAUUACUAGGACUGUUGUAUCCAAUGCUUUAAAAA